AUGGAUCUUCCCAGCCUCAUCACUGACACAGGAAAAACACAGUCCAAGGAGAUGGAAGUAAGCACCUCUGUCUACCCCCUGCCCGCAGGCGUCCUCCUAGACAUCCAGCAGCACUUCGGGGUCAAGGACCGAGGCGCCGGCCUGUUGCAGUCAGUGUUCAUCUGCAGCUUCAUGGUGGCUGCGCCCAUCUUCGGUUACCUGGGCGACCGCUUCAACAGGAAGGUGAUUCUCAGCUGUGGCAUCUUCUUCUGGUCGGCAAUCACCUUCUCCAGCUCCUUCAUCCCCAAGCAGUACUUCUGGCUGCUGGUCCUGUCUCGAGGGCUGGUGGGCAUCGGCGAGGCCAGUUACUCCACCAUAGCGCCCACCAUCAUCGGUGACCUCUUCACCAAGAAUACCCGCACACUCAUGCUCUCCAUCUUCUACUUUGCCAUCCCGCUGGGCAGUGGCCUGGGCUACAUCACUGGCUCCAGUGUGAAGCAGGCGGCUGGAGACUGGCAUUGGGCCUUGCGGGUAUCCCCUGCCCUGGGCAUGAUCACAGGAACGCUCAUCCUUGUCCUGGUUCCUGCCACUAAGAGAGGCCACGCAGACCAGCUUGCGGGGCAGCUCAAGGCACGCACCUCGUGGCUCCGAGACAUGAAGGCCUUGAUCCGAAACCGCAGCUACGUCUUCUCCUCCCUGGCCACGUCGGCUGUGUCCUUCGCCACAGGGGCCCUGGGCAUGUGGAUCCCACUCUACCUGCACCGAGCCCAGGUUGUGCAGAAGACCGCUGAGACCUGCAACAGCCCGCCCUGUGGGGCCAAGGACAGCCUCAUCUUUGGGGCCAUCACCUGCUUCACGGGCUUCCUGGGCGUGGUCACGGGCGCAGGAGCCACGCGCUGGUGCCGCCUGCGGACGCAGCGGGCGGAUCCGCUGGUGUGUGCGGUGGGCAUGCUGGGAUCCGCCAUCUUCAUCUGCCUCAUCUUUGUGGCCGCCAAGAGCAGCAUCGUGGGGGCCUAUAUCUGUAUCUUUGUUGGGGAGACGCUGCUGUUCUCGAACUGGGCCAUCACGGCGGACAUCCUCAUGUACGUGGUCAUUCCCACGCGCCGGGCCACUGCUGUGGCCCUACAGAGCUUCACCUCCCACCUGCUGGGGGAUGCUGGGAGCCCCUACCUCAUUGGCUUUAUCUCAGACCUGAUCCGCCAGAGCACCAAGGACUCCCCGCUCUGGGAGUUCCUGAGCCUGGGCUAUGCCCUCAUGCUCUGCCCCUUCGUGGUGGUCCUGGGCGGCAUGUUCUUCCUCGCCACCGCACUCUUCUUCCUCAGCGACCGUGCCAAGGCUGAGCAGCAGGUGAACCAACUGAUGAUGCCGCCCGCAUCCGUGAAAGUCUGAGGCGGGGCUGCUGGGACCACGAAGAAGCCUCCUGCCUACCUGGUCUAGGGGGUGUCCUCUGCCAUCCUGGCCCUUCUGAGCUGCCCCAGGGCUUCCUGAGUGACCCAAGGCUGAGGGGCUACCCUCUGUGGUCUGGGACCUUGGAGUGGGCCUGGCUCCGGGAAGAUGCACUGUCCUCAGGUAACCUGGAAGGCUGCGUUUGCCGGAGCCACACGUCUGGACGGCCACCCAGCCCUGAGUUCCGGCUGCAGGGCCCCUGGGGCCAAGGGAGAGGACAACCCCGAGUGGCUGCAUUGGGACAGCCGGGUCUGUCACCGGCUUAUGUGACCCUGGGCAAGUCCCUGCUCUGCCCGGACCGGCAGGCCAGAAGGCUGGCCUUUCCCACGCAGCCUGCUGGGCAGGGCGCCAUGGGCCGCUUUGAAGACCUAACAGCCACUGGGCCGUACAGAGGAGGGGCCGAAGCCUCAGGGCGGCGGUCCAGGCUCUGAGGCUUGUGAUGGGCUUCCUCCGGGAGGUCGGACUGCGCCUGGCGAGCAGAGCGGCCGGAGCCAGGCACACUGGCCACUGGGCCAUGUCCAGAUCCAGCAGCUCUCUGGAGGGCUGGUCACCACAGCCUGGAGCUGGUUCUCGGCCUGGUGGUGGCCCAGUGGGGCACCAUCCCAGGGCAGAGUGGGCAUCACUAGGGGUGAAGGCCCUGGUGGCAGCUGCACAUUACCCCUGUGCCUGAGCUCGAGGGCAGUCUGGCCAGUCUUGGAGCGGGGUCUCUCAAGAGCACUUCUGCCGUCAUCUCUCGCACCCCCACCGUAGUACCCCACUCCCUCCCCAGGGUAGGCUGGGCUCUUCUAGGGGCAGGGCCGAAGCGGCCAUCCCAGAAUUCACAGGGCAGUGGCCAGAGGAAGCAGCCGUCCAUUAUUUCCUGUCCACCAAGGCAGCAGGCGCGGCAGAGACCCACCCAGGUGGGCCAACACCCAUCACCUCCAGACACACCAACCCAGGCCGAGACCCACCCAGGUGGGCCAACACCCGUCACCUCGACACAUCAACCCAGGCCGCAGCUGCUGCUGCUUCCACACAUCCACUCUUGCUUCCUCUCCGUGGGCCAAGCCUUCACACACACCUCCCCUGGGCUGUGGCCAGCUUCGCAGGGGCCUCCACCCUGCCAGGGGUACCCCUUGUUGCCAAUAGGAGACCCCGGGAGUCAGCUUGGACAAUGCCCCCUUCACCCUGUAGUUCCCUCCCAGCUGGCCUUGGGCUUUAGUGGCCUGUGUGAGCUAGUGGAAUACCUAUUUCCCAUCAAACCCUGGGGUACCCCGGGGGGAGGGGGCGACAAACGGGUGGGGUCCCCAGCCUGGCCGCCACCCCGAUGGACCCCCCUCCCCCCCUCCAGGCUGGGGCUCCGGCAAUGUUUUCUUGUUGUACAAGAGCCAGGUCCGAGGGCUGCCUCCUCUUCCUUCCGGAAGCCAAACUGCUCCUUUAUUUUCUAGAGCUGCUGAUUGUGAAUCUCAGAGUCUCCGAGAAGCCAAAUAUAUUCCUCUUGUAAAUGAAAGAAAUAAAACUAUUUAAAUCAUG